AUAUAACAAUGUUCAGAAAUAUGAUGAUAGGUAAACUCUCUAUUCAAAGAGAGUUUGCUAGGGGUAUUGCCAUGAAGGGUGAUGUGCACUUAUCAAACAGGAGAGUGAUGAGAAAGAUAAAAUUGGGAAAAGCAAGACCUGCUAUUUUCCAUCAAUUCGAGACUUUGGUCGAAUUAAGCGAUGGUUCUGUGAUUAAAAGAAGAUCCCAAGCCCCUAAAGAUGAAAUCAGAAUGAUCAACGACCAGAGGAAUAGUGUAUUAUGGAACCCAAAUAGAUCUGAUUUAGUGGCGGUGGAUCCAAAUGCCACUGGAAAGGUUAACAAGUUCAAUCAAAGAUUUGCAUCUUUUCUGCCAAGUAUAGAAGCUACGUCCGAGACGUCGGAAACUAAUAGUACCCAAAAGGAUGGCUUAAUAGAGUUAUUGGGCCAAAAUGUGAAAGAGGUGGCCAGCGGUGGAAAGUUGUUUGACAAAAAACAACUGAAAUCUAAGAAAUAAAACCAUACCUACCUGUUUCGUUGUUAUUUUGCAUGUACAUAAUAUAAUAGAUGAUUAUCUGAUACUGUUUUCGAUAUCUUCGUGGAAUAAUUCUCUAAAAAGAGAGGGGUUGAAAUUCUUGAUCAAAGAAAGGAUUUCCUGGACUAAGAAUCCUUCUUGUCGUAGUUCUGUAAUGCACCAUUUGACAAUAUCCAAUUCCUUUGAUUUUAAGGCUUCCUCUAAAAGAACAACUAAACCCUUUUGAAAGCUGGAAGGACUGAAGUAAAUCACAUUAUAAAUAUCAUUUGUAAGAGAAUAUUUCCCUAAAUCUGGAAGUUCAGAUAUAUCUGGGGUUGAGUCGCUUGUAUGAAAGUUCUUCAUUCAUAAGGAUAUGCUCAAAAAUAUGUACGUAACCACCUCCAGAUAUUUUGAUAUGAUAACUCAGUGCCAUAUCAAUGGCUUUCUCCACAUCAUUCACUUCUAACACUUUUUUGGCUAUUUGGCUAAAAUCUUGGGGAGCUAAACCUG